ACCUAAGCAUGGCUCUUACGGGGAAUGAGACCUCAGCUCGCCCCGAUUAUGUCCCCCAUUAUCUCCUGGAGGGUGAUCCAUUUGCCUCCAAGCUGUCCAAGGAGGCCGACAUCGUGGCUGCCUUCUACAUCUGCAUCAUAGGGAUCCUGUCUGCCACAGGAAAUGGCUAUGUUAUAUACAUGACCGUCAAACGCAAGACAAAGCUAAGGCCACCUGAGCUCAUGACAGUUAACUUAGCCAUCUUUGACUUUGGCAUAUCAGUCACAGGGAAACCGUUCUUUGUGGCGUCCAGUUUCUCCCACCGCUGGCUGUUUGGUUGGGAGGGCUGUCGUUUCUAUGGUUGGGCUGGCUUCUUCUUCGGUGUUGGCAGCCUCAUCACCAUGACCGUAGUUAGCCUAGACCGAUACCUCAAGAUCUGUCAUCUCAGAUACGGUACUUGGCUGAUGAGGCACCAUGCCUUCCUGUGUCUGGUGUUUGUCUGGCUCUACGCAGGCUUCUGGGCCACCAUGCCCCUGGUGGGCUGGGGCAGCUACGCACCAGAGCCAUUUGGCACCUCCUGUACCCUGGACUGGUGGCUGGCCCAGACCUCCGUGGCGGGCCAGAGCUUCGUCAUGGCCAUCCUCUUCUUCUGCCUUAUCUUCCCCACCGGCAUCAUCGUCUUCUCCUAUGUUAUGAUAAUCUUCAAGGUCAACUCCUCAGCUAAAGAGAUCUCCCACUUUGACACCAGGAACAAGAACAGCCAUAGCCUGGAGAUGAAACUGACCAAGGUGGCGAUGUUGAUCUGUGCUGGUUUCUUGAUAGCGUGGAUCCCGUAUGCAGUGGUCUCAGUGGUGUCUGCGUUUGGCGAGCCCGACUCAGUGCCUAUCUCUGUCUCUGUGAUCCCCACUCUGCUGGCUAAGUCCUCUGCCAUGUACAACCCCAUCAUCUACCAAGUUAUUAACCUGAAACGCUCCUGUGCAAAAUCCUCCUGUUUCCAAGUCCUGAAGAAGUGUAGACAUUUUAAAAAGUCAAGGAUUUACACCAUUUCUGGCUCACUUAAAGACAGACCAUCCGUAAAAGAGUCUCACAGUGAAAUGUGAGAAAAGGACAGUGACUCUCUUCUGUGAAAUGACUCUUAGUUUUUCCCCCUCACCAGUCCAAUCACAACCCUGCUAUCAACUGCUAAGACAUGGACCACCGCUCACCACCCAGACCUACGCAUCCCAGCCUUGCGGUAUCUAUGUUCCUGCUCCAAACAGCUCUCUGUACCCUCCUACUUCAUGUCCCUCUCUGUGUUUACAGCUCAAGGCUGGCGCCAAAAUGUUUUUUUUUACACUUUGUACAGAUUAUUUUGUAUUGUGUACUCGUGCACCUGUGACUUGCAUAGUUUGAAGACAUUUAAACCUUUAUGUGCACCUGUAAGAUCUAAAGCGCUGUUCAGAAAGAGGUAUGAUAUACUCUAAAGAGAGCUGGAGGGACUGUGGUGUUGGCGUUUAGCGUUGUCCCCGGCUUCAGGCAGGUCUGACUGUAGCAGCACUUUUCAUCAACGAUCAAAGUCAUCAUAGGAUUCUUACUGUCCCUCUAUGCAUGUUCACAGAUGCCGUUGACGUCACGAAACGAAAUACCAUUUUAGAUCAUACACAAACUGCACGGUCCACUGCUCCGUAGCAGCCAGUGGAUGAAGUGGUUGGACCAAAUAAUGAAGGAAAACAUCACAGCAAAGUCUGUUAAAGGAGUGGCUAUGUCUUACAGCACUGUGUUCCUGUCACUGUUAACCAUUCUGUAUGCACUGAUGUCAGUCUUAGUUGAGAUCAAUGAUGGUAGUAAAGGUUUAACCCAUUCAAAGUGAAGUAUAUUCACACACAAGUAGUCAGAAAUCCUUCACUAACAACAGUUACCAAAAAUGUACACACAGCACCUUAGCUGGAGUCCUUCAUGGGGAAAUUGCCACGUCCGUUUGCGAUAUUAAAACAACAAAGAAGUUACUGCAAACCAUAAACACUGUUUCUUUAUUCUCUCAGACGUCAUUGCGAAUGCAAUAGAACAGCAAAACAUGUACUGCAAUUGUUUUUACCACGUUGGCCGACGCUCCUAACUCCCACUUUGUCAACAAAACAAAAACAAAUAUACCUAAGAGACGCAAUGAACAGGAUCAGUUGGAUAGCAACCCAAGGAAAUGACGUUGAACCAACAUGGAAUAGACAUUGAAUUGACGUCUGUGACCAGUAGGAAAACAAGCAGUCUAGCAUGUUGGAACUAUUUCACAUUGUCUAAUGCAGACGAACCAAGUCCACUUGAUCAAUAGUUAUUGCUCUAGUAUCCUAUGGUGCCACUGGUGCCAAUGACAUCUAUAGUCCCUCCAACUGGCCUGGUGCAGCCAUUUAAAGUUGCAGUGACUUUAUAUAGAGCCCCACACUGGAGGUGCCAUAAUACCCAUAAAACCUACAGGGAAAUGGUUUCAAUCGUUUUCCCACCAUUCACUACACAAAACACAGCCCUUAUUUGAAGUGUUUCUAAAACCCCCUAUUGGAAAUGGUGGAAAAAUGUUUGGAACCAUUUCCCUGUUUGACCGCUAGGUUUUAUGCGUAUUAUGACUUAUACGGUGGUACUCCAUUCACAAAGCUUCUAAGAACACAUACAUAAUGUUUACAUAUAAAAUUGUAUGGCCCCAUGUUCAUCGGUUCAGUUCCUAUAGCCUCUAGUGGUGUAGCGUGGCUGACUUUGAAUGCAGAAAGUAAUCAUUCUCAAAUUCAUUACAGGUUAAUUCAUUGAGUGCAUAUACCAAAUCUGGAGUCAAUCUGAUUCAUGAGAAUAAGAUUUGUAAAAUAUUUGAAGCAUUAGCAUCUGUACGAACAUGUACUGUGCGUACAUAUCGGAAUGCAGCAACAUUUCAAAACCAUUAACAUUAACGACUGAUGUAAUGAGUCUAAAUACAAAAUCUGGAGUAAUUGUGAGAUAUAGUUCACAAGGAGAAACCAUUGCAGAUCAUUUUGAGCAUUAGUGUUACAUACGCAAAUCAUUUGUUAAUAGUUUCCUUGUUUUUGGAGAUAGCAAUUCCAAAUUCUGUCAAGGUAUAUCUUAGGGGCGAUGACACAUUUCAAGUUUAUAGACCACUGUGGAGUGGAUUUACAAUGGUUUAAAUGGACACAUGAAAUCAGAUUUUUGUACAUUCCACAUUUUCUGUCAUUUGGUCCUAUGGUUCAUCAGCAGAAGAUUAAAAAAUAUAUUUUUUAGCAUAUUACCAAAUGUGCUAACCUGCAUCUACUGGUAUAGUGUGGCCAUCUUUGAAAGAGUUCAAAUACCAACUUUUGGAGUAAAUCUGACUUUUAGUCCAUGAGAAGAAGAUUUUUUAUGAUUAUUUUAAGCAUUAGCUUUACGUAGUCAAAAAAGUGAAUUGUUCAUAGUUUUGUUAUUGUUUAAGAUAUCAAUGCCAAAUUUAACAUGGUUCAUCAUGGUAAUGUCUUUGAUGAGUAUAAAAGUUUCAAGUGGCCAUUGUGAAGGGGAUUUACAAUGGUUUAAAUGGACAUUUAAAAUCUGAUUUCCUGAUUAUCAAUAACUCAGCCAUCUCUUAACCAAUCCCGUAGCCUUCCUCAAACUACGUUAAGCGAUGUACCAUGGGCCUACAUACCGAAGUUGGUGUUAUUUGGUUCAUGAGAAUACGUUUUCAAAGGUUUUCCAAAAUGUCUAAGAUGGAGGCAAAUUUGUUCAGCAUGAGAAAAGACACCUCAUUCCAAGGUUUCUCUUGAUCAAACAAGGUGGAGGAAAUUAGGGUUUAAGUGGGACUGCUUAUAACAGCGCCAUCUAUAGGCCAUCAGAACCAUUCUUUUUGACCAAGUUACUCAAGGCAUUUAGUUUCUGUGCACCAAAUUAGAAUGAAAAUGACCAAUCCAUGUUUGAGUUAUUUGGCCAUCUAAAAAAUAUAUAUAUAUAUAUAUAUAUAUAUAUAUAUAUCUAAGAAUAACGAUAGCUUUCACAGCUUUGCUGGGAGCUCCUAAUAACAGCGGCCUUGGGCGGACAGUGGCGCUGUUUCCCCUACUGUGUCUUUAACUCACAUCUUUAACUCACAUUGAGACAGGCUACAAGGCAACUUCUGAGAGUGUUCUCUUAAUCUACUCAAGAGCUGGAACUCUGAUUAAAGUGUUUACAUGUUCUAAUAAAUCGAAAGAUUGCUCAGAAGUCUGAGUGUUUUAAUCAGUUUAUGCUUACUUAAUAAUGUUUAUUAAAAGUAUUUUACAUGAUACUGUGUGCGGGUGUGUAUGGGGUCCAGGCAUAUGCAAGAAAACCAUUUUUUGAAAAACAUCUAAAUAUUCAGUGGAAAUAAUUAUCUUAUUGGUUAUUAUAAAAUGUCAUACUGUCAAUUUUUGUAUUUUGAACUGUUCAUCUCCACUCUAACUGAGAUGGUCAGUAAAAACACAAGUAUGGCUGUGUUGGGAUGUCCUGUCAAGGCCUGAAACAUCCACAGACAGUGGGUGAUAGCGGUUGAUGUGUUGAGAGGACCAGGUCUCACUGACCUCUUCAGAACAAUGGAAAGGCAGAAGGAUCAACACACCUGCACUCAGCCCAAGGGCCUAACAUUGGCAAGAGGCAUCAACAAUAUUUAUUUGACAGUAUUUAUUCAAACGCAAUAUCUCCUCUCUUAGUGUCUUAGUAGAGUUGUGUUUUUGUUGUUUGUAUUCUUUUCAGUUUGUAUUCUUUCAGUGUUUUGCUGAUAAUCGGAUUUUAUUUGUUUAUUAUUUUAUUAUGUUACAUUUUGAAUGAUAGUAUUAGGAAAGUUGAGUGAUGUCACGUUCUAUAAUGUUAAGUAAUUUUCUUAAAUGUUUGAGAUGUUAAUCUGUAAAAAAAAAUACAUGUCAACCAAGAGGUUCGUAUUGAUGUCAGAGGUCAUACGUGUAUUUGCAUAUUUCUCAUAGAGUGAACUGUAAUGCUUACCUGUUAUCACAUCUUGUUAACGCACAAAAAUGAUGAAUGAGGAAGGAGAUAGCUAACAUGUCGUUAUUUGAUCUCAGGAAUAGGUCAAUUUCUUUCCUUAGUGGACUUUCUGUCCGUCUCCACUUCACAGUAUUAGUCUCGUCACUUUAUAUGCCUCUGUUUUAAUGAGGAUGCCCUACUGUACUUCAACAGGGUUUGAUUGUGUCUCAGGAAAGAAGGAUCUAAUUCAUUGUAUUUUCCAAACAAAAUAUUUGAAAUUAUUUGAAUGUUUUAUCAUGAAGAACAUGGUCUGAAGCAGCAAGGAUAGUGGUCCAGGAGGAAUAUGUAACAUUGCUUAUUGUCAUGCACUUUGUGUUUCCUAUGAGCAUGUGUAAUAUAACUACUUUCAUACUACCUGUAGUUUUCCUUCAAGUUCCAUAUGUCACACCUUAUACUUCAUUCCACAUUCUUUAUGAGGAAUGACUUUUUGUUCCUUUAUUUUGUAAAGAAAAGUACAGCAUUCGAUAGCAUAUCUGUUGUGUUGAAAAAAGAUACGUGCAAAUAAAGGUGCAUUUAUGCACAUA